AUGCCGAUAGCCAUGCUAAAAGUCCCGUCACCUCCACCAGUCCAGGGAGCUGCGGGGAGAGGGCUAAAAUUGGUGUAUGCACAAAUAGUUAAAAUCAGCAAGUUCUGCGAUGCAGAAGCCCACGUGCAGACGUCCCUUCACUUAGCUGUUUUCCAGGCGUAUCAGCCGGCUCCACUGCACGGCCCCUCUGCACGGCCCCUCUGCACGGCUCCACUGCACGGCCCCUCUGCACGGCCCCUCUGCACGGCCCCUCUGCACGGCUCCACUGCACGGCUCCACUGCACAGCGCUCUGUCAACCUUUUGUUCCCCGCUGGUGCUGGGGGGUCUGGUGUCAGUCUAAUCCAGUGUCCACGGUCCACACGCGCACCGGUGACACUGACUCUGCUUCCUGGCCCUGCCUCUUAACAAUCAUUCCGUCACACCACACCACUGGGGAAAGUUUCUGA